CCCCAAGCAACACGGCAGGGGAAGCGGAGCGGGCUGAGGCUGGGUCACACUCCACUUCCCGCCGCCGGCUGGAUAUGGCUGGCUGACUGACUGCUAAGAGACAGCGUGGGCCAGACAUGACCUCCGCUCUCAAGGCCCUGCCCAACAUCCAUAGAGCCUGCAUGAUCCCAGCCUGUCGGGUCCAAGCAUCUUACCCGCGCAGUAUGUCUCUCUGGGAGCACGGGCUGCACCUCUUCCGCAGUGCCGUGGGUGUCGUCCUGCCGGCCCCCAUGCUGAGAAGGGCCCUGGUGCUCAAAACAGAUGGCUGCCCCAGGCUGGUCGUGAGGGACCGGGCUUUCCCUGUGAGGAGGAACCUGUAUCUGGUGGGCUUCGGGAAGGCUGUGCUGGGAAUGGCGGCCGAGGCAGAGGAGAUCCUCGGGGACCACCUAAUUCAGGGGGUUGUCAGCGUCCCCCAUGGCAUCCGGGCAUGCCUGCAGCAGGCGGGAAUGGAGGAGAUGUUGCUGAAGCCUCACAGCAGGAUCCAGGUCAUAGAAGGAGCUAAGCACAACCUCCCUGACAGAGAGGCUCUGAGGGCAGCCAGCAUGAUUCGGGAGCUAGCUGAAGGCCUGACGGCUGACGACCUCCUCCUUGUGCUGAUCUCAGGAGGCGGAUCGGCCCUACUGCCUGCUCCUACUCCUCCGAUCCUCUUGGAAGAGAAAGAGAAGGUCACCAAGCUUCUGGCUUCCAGAGGAGCUACCAUACAGGAGCUCAACACCAUCCGGAAGGCCCUUUCCUUGUUGAAAGGUGGAGGGUUGGCCCGGGCUGCAUAUCCUGCACAGGUGCUAAGCCUCAUCCUCUCUGAUGUCAUUGGCAACCCAGUGGACAUUAUUGCAAGUGGCCCCACUGUCUACAGUUCCCCCAGUGCUCAAGGCUGCCUUCAGAUAAUGACAAAAUACAAUCUGAUGAGCACCUUGCCCAGAUCUGUGAAAACAGUGCUGUCCAGCUCCGUCUCCGAUCCCAGUGGUCCGAAAGACUAUUCUCACGUCUACAAUGUUGUCAUUGGCUCAAACAGUUUAGCUUUAGAGGAGGCCAAACGCCAAGCAGAGGAUUUGGGCUACUGGACCCUGAUUUUGAGUGCAGGGGUGUGUGGGGAGGUCAGCAGAGUGGCCAAACUCUACAGCCAGCUGAUUCAGUUUGUUUGCUUGAGCACAGCUGGACUUGGAGAAGGUCCUCUAAGAGACCAGGUGAGAGGAGAUCUUCUAAAGCUGGCAGCAGAGCUAGAGAUCCCAGGUUUGAACCUUGUGGAUUCUUUGAAGGCUUUGCAAGGAUUGGAGUCUGAAAGAUCGGUUUGCCUGCUGGCUGGUGGAGAGACCACUGUCCAGCUUCAAGGAAAUGGGAAGGGUGGGAGGAACCAGGAGUUGGCCUUACAGGUGGCAUUGGAGUUACACCGAGCUAAGGUCACUGGGGCUGGCUACUUCCUUGGGAAAUGUGAAGUCCUGUUCCUCAGUGGUGGGACUGAUGGACAAGAUGGGCCAACAGAGGCAGCUGGUGCCUUCUCUAGCCAGGAGCUGGUGGAUAAGGCUGCUCAGGAAGGUCUUGAUGUGGAGACGUUUCUGAGCAACAAUGACUCCUACACAUUCUUCAGUAAGUUCCAAAAUGGACAUCACCUUUUGCUGACUGGUUUAACAGGCACCAAUGUCAUGGACAUCCAGGCUAUUUUAAUUCGGGCUAGAGACAGAUAA